AAAUUUGUCAAUCUCCUUGAAUGAUUUUGUGAUUGUGAUAAGAAAAACAACAAAAUACCAUUGGCUCUUAAAUAACAAAAACAAUGUAACAAUAUGGACAGCAAAAAACAUCAAGAAACAGAAAAAUAUCGAUCUCAUCCUUCAGUGAUAUAGCCUCGGUAUCGAUACUAUAGCUAUUGGGAUCGACACCCGUACUGAAAAGAUAAUACAAUAACAGACCUCAUCAAAGGGACGAAAGAGAGCUGGGAAAAGACACCUUAUAAAGAUCAAAGACUCUUCCAUCAACCUACGUACCAACCGGACGUCAUCGUAAUCGCAAUAUAAAUCAAAGUCAUGCGCCAUCAACGGCAUGCGUCGGGUGGGAUUGAUUAGCAGGAAACGAAAGAAAACUCAAGUUACUGAAUAUCUUCAAUUACACCGCGGAGUGGUGCGUUCAAGUCCCCCUUUUGACUGGAGUAUUUGGGUGAUUUUUUUUUCUCCGCCGCAGGCUCCUUGCACGUUUGUGAGGAUGCUGGAUAACAGCUCUUGCGGCAUCCCCAUGGAGGAGACCACAGUGGAACGCAAAACACUUGCAAAAGUACCCUUGUUCUGUCACUCAAAGAAAGGGAACACCCUUGGGACCCAGACUCAAAUCCUCUCUCAGCUCCCGCGCCACACUGCCGUCACCCUGGAGUUCAAGGAGCUGUCCUACGUGGUCUGUGAGAGGCACUGGUGUCGGAAGAGAGGCUUUAAAACCCUCCUCACUAGUCUCUCCGGACAAUUUAACAGCAAAGAGCUUACAGCAAUCAUGGGGCCGUCUGGAGCUGGAAAGUCCACCCUGAUGAACAUCCUGGCGGGAUACAAAGAGACGGGCAUGAAGGGCCAAAUCAUGGUGAACGGGCGCCCAAGGAACUUAAAGACCUUCCAGAAGAUGUCCUGCUACAUCAUGCAGAGUGAUGUUUUAAUGCCUCACCUAUCCACGAAGGAGGCCAUGAUGGUGUCUGCCAAUCUGAAACUCAAUGAGUGCAUGCAGGUCAAAAAAAAGCUUGUGGACGAGAUAAUGACUGCUUUAGGGCUUCUGGGCUGUGCUAAAACACGUACCAACCGUCUUUCGGGGGGCCAACGGAAAAGGCUGGCCAUUGCUCUUGAGUUGGUCAACAAUCCUCCUGUUAUGUUCUUUGACGAGCCCAUCAGUGGCUUGGACAGUGCAUCAUCCGUCCAGGUCAUCUCCCUCUUGAAGGCUCUGGCAAACGGCGGACGGACAAUCAUCUGCACCAUUCAUCAACCCAGUGGCAACCUCUUUCAGAUGUUUGACAGGCUGUACAUUGUCAGUCAAGGUCAAUGCAUAUACAGGGGAAGGGUCUCCCAGCUCAUCCCGCACCUGUCCAGCCUGGGCCUCCACUGCCCGCGGUAUCACAAUCCGGCAGACUACAUCAUUGAAGUGGCAUCAGGAGAGCACGGGGACGUGAACCCAAUGCUGUUUGAGGCCAUUCUGAAAGACCAGUGCUGUGAGGACAGCAAGGAUAACACAGGAGAAGCACAUACAUCCAUGCAGGCCAAGUCUCGCAGCGACUUACACCUUGAGAAACAAAGCUAUGGUACUGGUAUCUUCAAACAGUUCUACAUCCUCUUUAAAAGAAACAUCAAGGCGAUAUGCAGAGACACAAUGCUGACCCACCUGAGAGUGAUGUCCCACAUCGUGAUUGGACUCCUCAUUGGCCUGCUUUAUCUCAAAAUUGGAAAUGAUGCAGACAAAGCCUUCAACAACACUGGUUUCCUAUUCUUCUCGAUGCUGUUUGUCAUGUUUGCCGCCAUGAUGCCCACCAUUCUAACCUUUCCUCUGGAAAUGUCCGUGUUCGUAAGGGAACACCUCAACUCCUGGUACAGCCUACGUGCCUAUUACUUGGCUAAGACACUUGCAGAUGUUCCAUUCCAGCUGAUCUGUCCAGCCCUGUACUGCAGUAUUGUGUACUGGAUGACUUCCCAGCCCCCAGACGCCGAACGCUUCUUGUUGUUCAUCGCCUUGUCCACAUGCAUCGCUCUGGUAUCUCAGUCACUAGGGUUGCUCAUAGGGGCGGCAGCCACAUCGCCACAGGUUGCGACCUUCGUCGGUCCGAUCACAGCCAUCCCUAUGAUCCUCUUCUCUGGCUUCUUUGUGAAUUUCGAUACCAUUCCUAUAUACCUACAGUGGACCUCAUAUGUCUCCUAUCUCAGGUAUGGCUUCGAGGGAGUGAUGAUCGCCAUCUACGGGGCGAACCGCUCACAGCUCGAAUGCAAUAAUCCCCCCUGCCCGUUCCAAGAGCCAGCGUCCGUCCUGAAGUUGCUAAACGUGGAUAAGGCAAAGCUGUAUGUGGAUUUCAUUUCGCUAGGGGUUUUCUUUUUCAUCCUCAGACUGGCCAUUUACCUGGUCCUUAAGUACAAAGUGAAGUCAGCGCGCUAAGAUGCUGUGUUUAUUUGUAUUGAAGACCUCAGACCAGGUUUUUUUCCUCGUCCAUUGGCUGUGAUGUUGCUACCAGAGCUGACUGAGCU